GCCAGUUAUCUGCCUCACCCUAUAUAUUAGAAUACAAAAAUAUUGACAAAAUGCUAUGAAAAAAUAAGAAAUAAUUUUAUUUUAUUCCCAACCAAUGAUAUGGCCAAAGGUAUUUACGCCCAAGUUAUUGUCAAAUUUUCAUUUUGUGAGGCAAAAAAAAUUGUAGUUUCUAUUUAAAGAUCAUACUGCAUGAACACCUGUGCAGCUUCACUUUACAAAAUCUACCUGACUAUGAUAAAAUCAAAGCCAAAGCUCACUCUGGAAAAAUUCAAUUGUUAGAUCUGUCUACCUAGAUAAAGGCCACAACAAUCUUCUUUACUACGACCUUGAAAACUGUCGACCAAUCAAAUUUGGAAAUUGGAGGGAAUAACAAAGUAACGUGCGUUCAUCUUGAAUUUUGAUUGUUUUAUUACCAAAUUUUGUAGGCUUUUUCAGACUUAAUUAUCAAGAAAAAACUAUCGGAAAGGUGUAACAAUUACCAUUUUAAAAACGAUGGAGAAUGUUGCUUCAAAUUCUCAAGAUUCUAAUAAAUGGGGAAGACUUAUAUCCUGCAUUCCUACCUUAAAAUCAGUUGCUAUCAACAAGGACUCUUUCAAAUUGGGAAGAUCACUUAGUUGUGAUAUAAUUGUUACAGAAAGCAACUUUAGUCAAAAUACUCUGAUAGGCACUAUUAGCAAAGAGCAUUUUCUUAUCUUCAAGAAGCCAUGCUCAACAUAUGCGUAUCUGCAAGACUUAAGUAAAAAUGGUACUUAUGUUAAUGGCACAAAAGUAGAAAGAGGCAAAUCUGUUUGCUUAAGAACAGGUGAUAAAAUAGCAAUUGGACAAAGAAUGAAUAGUGUAUAUACAUUCCAAUCAUUAUUGCAAGAAGAGUUACCAGAUACAUUGACCCCACUCACACAUUUAGAGAAUACUCCAACAUACACUGAAGUGUUGCCCAUUUGGGGACGUCUUUUGUCUUGUUUAUUAUUUCUGAAAUCUUUUGAUAUUCAUCAGGAUAGAUUUAAAGUUGGAAGAUCUGAAAAAUGUGAUGUAUCUAUAAGCCAUACUACCCUGCGUCAGGAGUACAAAGAUCUUUUUAGUAAAGAACAUUUUAUUAUUUGUAAGGAUUCCACAAGCAAAGUGGUGUAUAUAAAAGAUAUGAGUAAAAGCGGAACCUACUUAAAUAAUAGGCUCAUAGGCAAACAUAAUAUGAAUAUAUUACAACACGAUGACAAAAUUUCCAUUGGACCUAAGUUGGAAAUAUUUAUAUAUAAAUGUAUGUAUGAACACGAUAGAAACUUUCUACCUCCGGAGUUAAAAACAAGUUACGAGCCCUCAAAUAUACUCGGUAAAGGAGGAGCUGGAGAAGUAAGACUGGCUUACGAAAAACAUACUUGCAAAAUGGUAGCCAUCAAGAAAAUCACCAAAUCCCGCAGUACGGCGUCACAAAUGUGCCAGUUGAACCAUCCAACUAAAAUUCAUUCGGAAAUCAACAUUCUGAGAGCUUUGAAAUAUCCUUUUAUUAUCAGUAUGCAACAUAUAGUCGAAACGCCAAUGGAUGUUUACAUAGUAUUGGAUUAUAUGCGAGGAGGAGAAUUGACGAACAGAAUUUUGUCCAAUGAACCAAUGACUGAAUCAAAUGUGAAGUUUUUAUUUUACCAAAUGGUUUUGGCUGUCGAUUAUCUACAUACCAAAGGAAUUACUCAUAGAGAUCUUAAGCCAGAGAAUGUUCUUCUCCAUUCCGAAGACGUGGAAACGUUGUUGAAAGUGUCUGAUUUUGGUUUAAGUAAAGUCACUGAAGAGGACGACAUGAUGAAAACAAUUUGUGGGACGUUGAGUUACAUAGCGCCAGAAAUUUUAAACAGACACAUCAGGGAAUAUAACAGACAAGUAGAUGUGUGGAGUUUAGGCGUUAUUUUAUUUUAUAUGCUUGGAAAGAGACUCCCUUUUAAAUCUCCAGAUAGAGCGAUUAUGGAAAAAAAUAUAAUUAAUGGUUAUUACACGUUUGAAGAUGAAAAAUGGGAAGAUAUCUCAUCAGAUGCCAAAGAUCUUGUUAGAGAAAUGCUUACAGUCGAACCUGAGGAACGAAUUACUGUAAUAAAUAUACUGAAACAUCAGUGGUUAUCAAAAGAUCUUAAUAUGAAGAUUAGAGUCAAUCAACUGUACCACUCACAUCUGGAGAAUAUGGAAGAGAACAUAACGCCGUUUGACAAUGAACCAUCGGCUAAACGAAGCAGAUCAUCAUCUGACGAAUCAAGUACCUCUCAAUAGUUUUCUAAUUGUUUUUUACCAUAAUUUCUAUGGUUUAUCUGUUAUAUUGUAUUGCGUUUUGUGCAAUCCCGUGAAUGUUAGUGUCAUAAUUUUUGUGAUAUAUAUUUAUAUAAGUAUGCAUUAGCUAGCUCACAUUUUCGAAUGAUACAUUUGCUGGAUUUGGAUGUACUUCAAAUAACUGGAGAGAACGGAAACUAUACAAUAGGUGGAUGGUCUGAUAAAUUCUUGGCUAGAUAGAAAUAAUAAUUUAUGCGUCCAAAAAAUUUAUGUUUUUCAGCGGAAUCUCGUUUGAUGUCAAUACAUUCAUACAGCGAUAUUAUAAUGCCGUUAAACUCUUUCUGUAGUGUUGCUCCAGAAGUGCUGCAAAGUACUCAUCUAUCUCAGUUAUGGUUGUCCAGUGGACAAAUGUAUGGUUGGUACAAUAUAAAUACCGUUGCACCUCAUUAUCUACGUCAGAGACCUCAGUUGACAUUGUUGUCAAAUUACAAAAAAAAAAUCCUGAAUUCAUUUUAAAUAAAUAUCGCAUAAUUAUUCCAGAAGUGGAUUAUACAGGAAAACAAAUUAAAAUUCGAUUUACUUAAAUAAAUUAUUAACAAUAAGUUAUAAAACAAUAUGAAGAGCUCAGGGCUAAAAGGAUAAGGGUCCAAAAAAACAGUUUUGAGAAAUUGGGUUUUUAAGUUUUAAAACUAGAUAUAAAAAUAGUUAACAGAAAGGGCACUUAAUUUUUAUUAGUACUUCAUGCAGUAACUUACAGGAAACGUAUAGAUUAUGUUUUUGGGAUAUCAGUUUAAAAAUUAUUAUAAAUAUAAAUUUAUUUAUCUUUUAAUGUCAUGAAAUCUUAGGCUAAAUGGAUGAGGGUCCAUUAAUAUGUCUUAAAAUGAAACUAAAAAUACAGAUAAGGUAGUAUAUAUUUUCAAAAGUAAUAUCCUACAGAUCUGCUCCUGUUGAUUACACAAAGCCAAAAAUAGAGUAGAAGAUUGUUAGUACUGGAUACAAUGAAAAGCUUUAAGCAUGUGGUAGUGCGUCAAAAUAUGCUUGAGAUUUUACUGAGCAAAAUUUUUUUCAAAUGCUGAAUAUUGUCGUAUUUUGCUUUAUUUAACGGUAAAAGUCCACAAUAUGCUAGCUCUGGCAGCUGAAAACAGCCUUCUGGUAGUGCAAUUUGUUUCUUCUUAGGCUUAGUAUCGAUACUUUUUUCAUUAAGGCCAUUGACAGUCUGGCGAUGUAUCAUCAUUCGAGGGUGAUGAGAAACGAUGCUUAGUUGCUAUCAAGGUCAUAUUUUGAAAGGACAACUUUUUGUAUACAAAACAUCUAGGCAAAAAACAGCACUAAUAGCAGGGGGCCUCUGUGGUCAGCAAUCUGAACUAGGUGAACUGUCAUCCUUUUAGCCUACAUAUGUAGCACCUUCAUCCGUUUAGCCUACAAGACGUAUUUUUCAAAGCUGAAUGGCUUGUACACUUUCAUCUUUUUUGCUUAUUUAGGUACCAUGCAUUAUUUUACAUGAGAUGAAGUACAAGAAAUUAGUAUUAUCUCCAUAAUGACAAAUAAUGGACCCUCAUCCUUUUAGCUUUGAGCUCUUCAUAUGUAAAAUAUUCAAUAUAGUAUCUAAAUAAUAAAACAAAUUUGGUGUCAAAACAAUAUAGUAAAUAAAAAGAAUGUGUGUGUACUUUGUACGCACGUAAGAACUUAUACUUCUAUUAUUAUGAUUUCAACGAAAUUAAUAUACUUAAUAUACUUCUUUACCUACCACUUUUAAAAUUUUUUUAUAAAACGAUACCAAAAAUAUAAAAAAAAAUAUGAAUCGUCCAGGAUUUGAACCCGGGACCUCUUGAUCUCCGGUCACAGGCUGUACCACUGAGCUAUAUCCCUUCUGCUUUGACAGGUUACAAGAUUUCUCAUAUACUGACCAAGUGAAGUAUACAAAAAUACUUUAAAUAUACUUACUAUUAUUAUAAAAUAUCUUAUUCCCGAGGAAGACAAACCCAAAGACACAAAAAUUAUAAUAAAUAAUACAUUUACUUAACACUAAUAUAUCCUUUUAUAUGAUAUACUAUGACUUAUUUGCGCUGACAGCGCUGAUACAUACAUCUUGAAAGAUUAGCAACGGAAUACAUAUUGUCUGUGUGCGCAUGCUCCCGGCAUGUGAUAAAAUUUCACUCUCGAUCGUAAAGAAGUAUAACUUCAAAAAACAAAUCUGAAGUGUUAACACCUCAUCUGUCAAAUAAGUGUUACCAAUUUAUUUCAAAAUGUCACCUUCGUUGGAGAGCAGCUACAGUGUAAUUUGAAGAAGUGUGCGUGAUAAAAACGCUUUAUAAUCCACUUAUACAAAUACAUUAAAUGAAACAAGUUAUGGUAUAUUUCUGUAAGUUUACAUUAAUAGAAAUGUUAAAAUAUUAUUUCUACGCGUAUAUAAUAAAAUGAUGUCUAAUAGUGGCUGUAAUUCCACUGUACUUGGCUAAACGAUUCCAAAAAGGAACAGACCUACGACUUAAAUAUUUUGUAUUGGUAUCAUGCGACGUCACUUAGUAUGACGCGGAUGACGUGCAACGGUAUUUACACUGUACGGACUAUACUAAUGAGUGGAUAUUCCAGCACUUUAUAGUGCAGAUCACGCGAUUUUUUUAAUUACUAGUCUUUUUAAAUUGCCUUAGUUUUCGUUUCCUUGACUAAAAGAAAUAAAAAAAUUCAUAUUCCGCGUAGCGAGUGCCUUUAUUUUUUCUCUUAAAUUUGUUCUCUUUGAAUAUCAUCAAACUAAAUGAAAAAAAAAAAUCUUGAAAAGUGUCUAGAAACACCUAUAUUUAUUCGGGAGCCUCUUUAUACAAAUCUUUGCUAAUUUUUUUUUUUUUUUUUAAUUUUUCUAGGUGAAUACAAGGGGUUAAAAAAUGUCUCGUGGUAAAAUUAACCUUUGACAUGCAUAAUAUGUAAUGAAAAAAAUGUUUAUAUUGAAUGGGAUAUUAACCCCGUAUUAACGGAGUCCCUUAAAUUUGAUGAAAUUGUAUGUGUCAAUUUUUAGCAGUUUCAGGAGUUUGUGCAAUAAAAAAAUAUUUUUCAUAUUCUUUAAUAAUAUUGGUAACAUAAUACAUUUUUAUCCAAAAUUAAUCAAAAGAACUAUAAUUUUUACGUUAGUAAAUUAAAAUUGACGCAAAACACCGGAAUUAUCUGAUUCCACUUAAAAAUCUUGUUUUUAACUUAAAUUUUUAUAGAAAGUAACGAGAAUGUUGCAUUAUAAAUAAUUUUCAUGGAAAGUAAACUUACAUUUUUAGCCUUGAGAUCAUAUUUUAUAGUUUCGGUGUUCUUAAGUCAAUUUCAAUUGACUAAUGUUAAAAUUACAGUUCUUUUGAUAAACUUUCAAUGAAAACAUAUUACCAAUUAUUAACGAGUAUGAAAAAUAUUUUUUUAUUGCAGAAAGUCCGAAAUUGCUAAAAAAAUGACACAUAAGAUUAAUUUCAUCAAAUUUAAGGGACUCCAUCAAUACGGAGUUAAUAUCCUAUUCCAUAUAUUUUUUUCUUCACAUUUUAUGAUUAUCAAAUAGUAAUUUUACUGCGGAAGACAUUUUUUUAAGCUCUUGGGCUCACCUAGAGAAAUUAAAAAAAAUUUAAAUUAUCAAAAAAAUCGAUAUAACGAGGCUUCCGAAUAAAUGUAGGUGUUCGUACACCCUUUUAAAUAACUCUCUCAUUUAGUUUGAUUAUAUUCAAAGAGAAAAAAAUGGGGAAAAAAUAAAGGCACUCGAAUACGCAGAAUAUGAAUUUUUUGUUUCUUUUAGUCAAGAUAACGCAAUAUUUAGAGAAAAAGAUUAUUGAGCGACCUCUAAAAAAAUUUUUUAAGAGCUGAAACUUUCAGGAUUUUAUUAAAAAAAUUAUUGGGCAAAAUAAAAAUAAUAUCGAUUUUUUUGAACCACUCUAACGCGCACCCGUAUUUUUUUAAACGACUGUACAGUCUACUGCGGCCUGAAAUGACUGACAGGGUAACGCUACAGGGUCUUUGCUAACACCAGGUGAUAUAUUUACUAGUACGUUACACUUCUCCGUAAGAAAAGUAAAUUACAGGCCACCGAAAUGAAAUACUUGAGAAGAAUGAGAGGAGUCACGAGAAGAGACAAAAUUAGAAAUAAUGUAAUACGGGAAGAGCUAAACAUCCAACCCUUGUAUCGAACAGAAACAGCUAAGUUGGUGGGGACAUCUGGAAGACCUACGACA